CGUUCCAAAAAAGCUAAUUAUUGUAAUAAAUGCAUGUCCCAACAGUGAUUCCAAAAAAAGACAAAAUACAAGUGGAAUAAAACCCCCGUAGAAUAGUAGGUGAUUAGCAUAAUCAUUGAAUCCAAAUCGUAAUUCUACGAGUCGAUGUCGUCACGCGAUGGGAAGAAACCCUCUAGGCAAACUUCCGGUAAUCGUGCCGUUGGGAUCCGUACACUCUCUGAUCUGAACCGUCCAUCUGGUCACGAUUCCGAUAGUGAUUCCGAUGGUCCCCAAGAAUAUUAUACCGGUGGUGAAAAAAGUGGAAUGCUUGUUCAAGAUCCUUCAAAGCAUAAUGAUGUGGACUCCAUCUUUGACCGAGCUAGGCAAGUGGGUGCCACACAAGGUCCUUUGGAAACUGUUGUCCCUAGUUCAAGCUCAACAAGCUUUACUGGACCUGGGAGAACACUUGCAGGGGAGACAGUACCAACAUCAGCUCCUCAACCGCCUGAGUCCAUCGUGCACAAUAUUAUCUUUUGGAGAAAUGGUUUCACUGUAAAUGAUGGCCCUUUGAGAAGGCUGGAUGAUCCUGAAAAUGCAUCUUUUCUGGAGAGUAUCACAAAGUCUGAAUGUCCAAGAGAGUUGGCUCCUGCAGAUACCAGGUCCCAGGUGCACUGCAACCUCAUAAGGAGGGAUGAGAACUGUCCUGAACCACAGAAACACCAAGUAUCGUUUCAGGGGGUGGGAAGAACACUUGGAAGCAGCUCAACUCAAGCAACUACUGAGCCAUCUGCUGCUGCUCCCAUAAGCGCAACCCCAGCACCUUCUACGAGCGUUCUUGACGAAUCAUUGCCUUCAACCUCGCUUCAGAUUAGAUUGGCAGAUGGAACUCGCAUGGUUGCACACUUCAAUUUCCACCAGACUGUUGUUGACAUCCGUGCUUUCAUUGAUGCUUCAAGGCCAAGUGACACCAGGGCCUAUCAACUACAAACAGUUGGAUUUCCUCCUAAAAUCCUCAGUGACCCAACCCAAACAAUUGAGCAAGCAGGACUGGCGAAUUCGGUGAUUAUACAAAAACUUUGAUUAGCUGUCAAAACAGUUUCGUUUCAUUUAUUCGUACUGAUGGCAGGACAUUUUUAUCUAUUUACGAACUGGAUUUUUUUUUUUUUAAUCUGUGUAUCCAAAGUUGAUCUGUAUGAAGAUAGCAGUGUUUUUUGUUUAAAAUACAAGUUUUCUUAAACGAGAUGCUGUGCGUCUCUGUCCACUAAUUAUGUGUCAUAUGGUAUUUUCUCCAUCUCAUGUAAGAACAGCUACCAUGUGGAAAUGAAGUAGGGGUUUAUAUGA